AUGACGAAUACAGAAGAAUUAAUUGUAUAUGCAAAUAGUCGAAAUGGACUUGGUAUUAGAAUUUUAGGAUUUAAACGAGCAACAAAUAAAUCAGGUAUCUAUAUUAAAGAAUUACUUGAUAAUGGAUUAGCACAAAAAGAUGGACGAUUAAAAAUUGGUGAUCAAAUUCUUUCAAUAAAUGAUGAAUCAUCAAUUGGUAUUAGUCGCGAGCAUGCCGUUAAUUUACUUCGUUCAGCCGCUGCAACAAAUCAAGUACGAUUUCGUGUUAAACAUUUUUUCCCGCAAUUAUCAUCAGUUGAAUAUCAAAAAUUAUUACAUGAUGAUAAAUCUACUGAUGAUGAUGACGAUAAUCAUCGUGCUCAUAAUACUAGCCAAAAUAAAAAUAAUAAUAAUAAUCCCACAUUAAAUGAAAGUCGAACGAAAAAAUCAUCUCGGCGACAUCAUCGACAACAACAACAUAAUCAUGAUCAAUCAGAUCGAUAUAGUACUUAUAAUGUAGCAUAUGAAAAUAAUAAACGUGAACAACAAGAAAGCAAUAAACAAAUGAAUAUAUCAAAUGAUGCUCUUCAAGCAUUACUGAAUUCAAGAUUUAAAUUAAUUGAUCUUGUUGAUUUACUUAAAAAAAUUUAUCCAAAAUUAUUUUCUAAUAAUCAAAAAAGAGAAUUACAAUUUAUAGAACAAUUAUCGGAGACCAAUACUGAUGGUCGAAUAACAUUAAAAGAUUUUGAACGUCAAUCAAGUGUUCUUCUCGGAGAACGUAUAAAUCUUCUUAUCCCAUUUUUUUCCUCAUCUGCUCAGUCUUCUAAUCCUACAAAUGAUACUGAACUUAUACUUGAACUUCGACGUGAAAUCUCAUCAUGUCGUACUACAAUCGAUGACCUUCAAACCAAAAUAAUAACUUGUGAAAAAUCUCAACGUUUAUCAAAUGAAGUUGAAUUUGAAUAUGAAGAUUUACUUAAAUUUUUAUAUGAACAAUUACAUCAAUAUAAACUAAAUGAAGUAAAUCAUGUAAAGCAAAUUCGAGCAAAUGAUCAAUUAAUACAAAAAUUAUUUCAUUAUUUAUCUAUUUAUGUUAAUCAACCAAAGGAUGAACAUAUAUUAGCUCAACUUAAAUAUGAAUAUGAACAGCAACAAAAAUUAAAUGAGAACAGUCAUAAUACUUCAUUUGUACCAAAUAAUAAAUAUCAUGAACGUUUUUAA